AUGGGGGCAGAGACCCCCGGCAGACAUAGGGACGCGGAAGACCUCAUCAAUGGCAGGGACAAAGGAGUUCAUGCCAGGAUAUGCCAUGAAGCUAGUGCCGGUAUAAUCCUCAUAAACAAAAAGACCCAGGCCAAGACAAUCCGGACCGGCAAGGGGUACGUUAUUGUUAAAAUAGGAAAAACCAUGGGCAUCACGUCGAUGUCCUUUUCUCCAAAUAAACGAAUGGCAGAAUUCGUAAGCUACUGGGACGAGGUAGUGAUCGAAACCACUGAAGCUGCAAGCAAGCAGGGAAUCAGCAUUAUACUAGCUGGGGACCUGAAUGCCUGGGCCCAAGCAUGGGGAGGGACUAAGGAAAACCCCAGGGAGAGCGUGAUCGUGGACACCAUGAACACGCACGGCUGGUCGUGUCUUAACGUAGGAAAGAUACCCACCUUCCACAGAGGAGAGGCGACGUCUAUAAUAGACAUUACCAUUGCCAUGCAGGCGGUCGCCAAGACAGUAACGGGAUGGCGCGUGAUCAAGGACAUCGAGGCGAUGAGUGAUCACCGGAGAAUCGAGUUUAGAAUAAUGCCAGUCAAAGUCGGUAACGGGAACACAGGAUGCGAUCGCCCGAGGGACAUACCCGACUGGAAUAUGAGGACGACAUCAAAGGAAAAACUCCGGAACGCUAUGGUCCAAAUGAGGAUAAAUACCAAGUGGCAGGAGCUCCGAGCACCAGAGCUCCAACGGGAGAUCAUCCGGCUGAUAGUGGACAGCCUGAACAGGGUAGCAAAAAGAAGGACCCGAUGCUCGGGCAAGCCCCCCGUAUAUUGGUGGACCGGGGACAUCACGAAAUCCCGCACGAGCUGCACGAGAGCGCGGAGAAUACUCCAAAGAGCGCGCAAGAGAAGGAAGUCGGAGGCGUUCCUUGAGAAGCUGACCACCGAACUAAGAGAAGCGCGCAAAAAGCUUAAAACACUAAUACGUCAGAGUAAAGAGAGGGCGUGGAAUGAGCUCCUCGCUCAAUUGGAAGCAGACCCGUGGGGGAGGUCAUAUAAAAUCAUUACGGGAAAAUUAGCGGGACCCGGCCCCCUGGCACCGGCGUACAAGAAGGACGCCGUCAAGGCGGUGGAAGAGCUUUUCCCACCGGGAAAAACCCACCCAAAACUCACCCUGAAAGAAAUAGACAGGGUCGUCGAGGAAACCGACGCCAAGACCCUGUGA